AUGUUGCUGUCAUUGUUAUUGUUGUUGCGGUUAUUGUUAAAAGUGUUGUUAUUGUCGUUAUUAUUGUUACUUAAUAGUAUUGUUAUUGUUGUUAUUGUUGUUAUAUGA